AGUGCUGCCUCGCCGGCCGGAGAGAGCGCCUGUGUCUGCGGCGGGUCAGGAAGACAGAGAUGCCUGCCCUGGAGCGGAUAGGUGUGGGGGCACUAGCCCUGCACUACGCCGCCGCCAGGGGCUGUCUGGACUGCGUCAAGCUGCUCGUCGAGUCCGCACAAGGAAUCAGCGCCAACACGCAGAUGGACAAUGACGUGACGCCGGUGUACCUGGCGGCGCAGGAGGGCCACCUGGACGUGCUGCAGUACCUGGUGACCCAGGCGGGCGGCUCGCUGCACGUGCGGGCCAAGGACGGCAUGGCGCCCGUGCAUGCAGCCGCGCAGAUGGGCUGCCUGCACUGCCUCAAGUGGAUGGUGCUGGAGCAGGGCGUGGACCCCAACCUGAGGGACGAGGACGGAGCGACGCCCCUGCACUUCGCGGCCAGCCGGGGCCACGGGGACACAGUGCGCUGGCUGCUCAGGAACGGCGCGCGCAUCACGCUGGACAAGUUCGGCAAGAGCCCCGUGCACGACGCAGCGGAGAACAGGAAGCUGGAGUGCCUCAACAUCCUGAUGCAGCACGGCGCCAGUCCUGACCUCCACCUGCACAAGAAGAGGGAGUCCAGGUCGGGCCCCAAGCCGCGCUGCUACUGCGGCGAGACCAGCGACCCUGAGCCCCAGUGUUGCAGCAGCUGCCCGACCCUGAGUGUCAGCAGAGAGCCCUUCUACCUGCACCCGCCUGGCCCAGCAGCCACGCAGGACGGGCUGUACGUGAACCCCGCGCACCCCGCCUCGCCCAAGGGAGGCGAGUCCUUCUACCUGCACAACCCCCGCGAGGUGCCCUACAGCAGGGUGAAGGACCUGUUCGAGCCGCUGCAGCCCCUCACAGUGCGGGUGGAGGUGCACAGCAGCUCGGGGGCGGGCUCCGAGGAGAACCUCAGCUCCUCCGACCUGAGCUCGGAGCGCGGCUGCCCCCAGGAGCCGCCGCACGACUACGAGGACAUCUACCAGGUGCGGCGCGCCGCCUCCACGGGCAGCCAGCCGCCCCCCCAGCCCGCCUCCGCCGACCUGGAGGCCAUCCAGAUACUGGAGGACCUGAUAGAGAAGCUGGACAACGAGCCACAGGUGGCCUGUGGGUUCUCGUCAGAGUCGCCCUCGGACCCGGAGGAGGCGGGCACUGCCCCCCGGAGGUCGCCCCAGAAGCCCUCCACGCUGCCGCUGCCGCACCCCGCCAGGCCGCUGAAGCGCGUGGUGUCGGAGCCUGGAGGCGGCGCGCUGCCGCCCCCGCCGCCCCCGCCGCUCCCGGAGAAACAGCAGCCCGCCUCCAUGCCGGCCACACCGCCCCCGGAGAAGCAGCAGCCCGCCUCCAUGCCGGCCACACCGCCCCCGGAGAAGCAGCAGCCCGCCUCCAUGCCGGCCCCACCGCCGCCGCCCCCGGCCGAGGAGGCCGCCGCCACGCCGCCCCCGCCAGAGGAGGCCGCCGCCGCCACGCCGCCCCCGACCGCCCCCGAGGACAGCGAGCCUGCGCCGCAGGAGGGGGCGACACCCGGGGACCCGGAGCUGCACUCCAGGACGGCGCAGACGCUCGUCAACAAGCAGAUGGUGCUGCCCUUCGUCCCGCCCAAGUUCCCCGGCUCGGGGGCCGCCUCCGACAGCCUCAUCAAGCCCUCCGAGUACCUGCGGUCCCUGGGGCCGGCGGCGCUGCUGCCUCCGGUGGCCGCCCCCACCGCCCCCAGCGCCUCGCCGCCCCCGCCGCCGCCCCCGCCGCCUCCGCCGCCGCCGGCCGAGGAGGACCGCCGGCAGCAGGAGGAGCAGGCGGCGCUGAGGCUGCAGCAGCCCCUGGGAUCCAUCAGCGUGCAGGAGCUGCAGACCGUGCAGCUGCGGCGCACAGAGAAGACCCCGGCCUCCAAGACCAUGUCCGCUCCUUCCAGGACCCUGGCAGGCGGCGAGCUGCCCUUCCAGGCGCAGAAGGAGGACCUGAUAGCGGAGCUGAAGAUGUCCAAGGACAUCACGGGCAUCAGGAAGCUGAAGGUGCAGAGGGCCAAGGUGGAGGAGCAGCAGGAGAAGGAGCUGUUCACGGAGAUCACCAGGACCCUCACCGCCAACAGCUUCGUCGAGAAGGUGCCUGACAAGGACUCCACGGGUAACCCCAUCCCGCCGUGGAAGCGCCAGAUGCUGGCCAAGAAAGCAGCUGAGAAGGCGCGCCGGGAGCUGGAGGAGCAGCUGCAGAGGGAGGCGGAGCUCAAGAGGCUGCAGUCCAUCCCGCCGUGGAAGAGACAGCUGCUGGCCAAGAAGGAGGAGACCAUCUGCAGCAAGCCCGCAGUGUACACGCCCAAGGUGGUGGAGGACAGGAAGUCGACGAUGGCGAAGGCGGUGGUGGCGGUGGUGAACCCCGAGCCGACAGAGGCGUCGCCCCCAGAUGACAACAAGGAGAACAGCACGCCCCCGCAGCGGGACAGUGAGGAGUCUGACCACGACUCCGCGCCCAUCAUGCCGUGGCGCGCGCAGCUGCGCAAGACCAACAGCAAGCUCAGCCUGCUGGAGUAGCGCCCGUGUCCUGCGACCUGCUGACUGGCUGCCUUCUCUAAACUGUCCCAUUGUUCUGCAGUACACUCGUGGUGUUGCUAUUGCAGUAACAAGUGUCUGAACUACAGACCCUCAUACAGCUCCUACCCAUUCCCUCCCUCAUCAUAUCAAUUAUUUAUUGCUGUUCUCUGCGUGAGAAUGCCACCUACAUGUUGCUGUGUUCUCUUAUUUAUUCUUACAACUAGAACAUGCAUGAGAACAUAAUAUUUUGGACAUAUUUAGGAGUAGGUGUUUUUUUAAUAAUCCUUGACAUCAUUUUUUUUAUUAAUCAUUAAAGAGUAUUGCAUUUAAUGGUUGGUAGAAGUUUUUUAUUUAUUUUA